AUGGAGGAGGACAGAGCUCAGGUUGAUCUCGGCAUUGCCGCCGAUAUCGAGGCCGCCCAAUUCCCAGAAUCCACAAUCCCGGCUCCCGCCCCGGCCCAAGCGGCGGAAUCAUCGACGCCGCCAUUAAAACAGCCCAAGAAGAGGUUCAUUGGGAGAAGAGCGGCGGAUGCGGCAGCGAAAUCCGAUCAGAAUGCGAGUGGUGCAGCUUCGGAAAGAACCGAUGUGCAGAAGGCGGGCCCGCGUAGGAUGCCGCGGCUCCUAAACCAAGUCCCGAAGGACAUCCUCGAGGACCCGGCCCUUAAUAGCGCGAUAUCCCUCCUCCCAUCCAAUUACAGUUUCGAAAUCCACAAGACGAUACACAGAAUCCGUACCCUAAACGCCAAGAGGGUUGCGUUGCAAAUGCCAGAAGGCCUCUUACUCUUCGCGACCACCAUAUCAGACAUUCUCACUCAGUUCUGUCCCGGCGUUGAGACGCUGAUAAUGGGAGACGUGACCUAUGGCGCAUGCUGUAUAGAUGAUUAUACAGCGAGAGCCUUGGGCUGCGAUCUCCUCGUGCACUAUGCGCACAGUUGCCUCAUCCCAAUUGAUGUCACGCAGAUCAAGACGCUCUAUGUCUUCGUGGAUAUAACUAUUGAUACCGCACAUCUUGUAGCGAGCCUAGAACGGAACUUUUCCAGCGGCAAGACCAUUGCCAUAGUCGGCACCAUCCAGUUUAACGCGACGAUACACGGUGUUAAGAAGACCUUGGAGAAGGCCGGAUUUAAUGUUCUUGUUCCUCAAAUAGCUCCACUCAGUAAGGGAGAAAUCCUAGGCUGCACAUCGCCGAAACUCAGCGAUGAGGAUAAUGUGGACAUGAUACUCUACCUUGGUGAUGGGCGCUUCCACCUCGAGAGCAUCAUGAUUCACAAUCCCACAAUACCCGCAUACCGAUACGACCCGUACUCCCGAAAGCUCACUCGAGAAGAAUACGGACACGAGGAAAUGCAGGAUCUCCGACGAGACGCAAUCUCCACGGCCAAAAAGGCCCGAAAAUGGGGUCUUAUUCUCGGUUCCCUUGGCAGACAGGGGAACCCUCACACGAUGGGGCUCAUCGAAAAGUCGUUGAGAGAUAAGGGCAUUCCUUGGGUCAAUCUGCUAAUGAGUGAGAUAUUUCCUGGGAAGCUGGCCAUGAUGAGCGAUGUAGAAUGCUGGGUGCAAGUUGCUUGCCCGAGGUUGAGUAUCGACUGGGGAUACGCAUUCCCGAGGCCGCUGUUAACGCCCUACGAAGCUCUGGUGGCUCUUGGGGAGAAGGAGGAUUGGGGUAAGGGUGUUUAUCCUAUGGAUUAUUAUGGUAAGGAGGGAUUGGGGCGGACAAAGCCGAUAGUCGCGGCGGGAUCAUAA